AAAGGAAGAGGUUCUAGUUACAUAAUCACGAUGACUUGACAGUUUCUUUUCGGAACAGACAGGUGGCUGUAGCUAGUAUAAAAAUGCCGGUAGUUAAAUAUUAACCGUGCGCUGAUAGGUGAAUAUGCCUGGCACGUCAGAGACAUAAGUUCCGCUUUAACCUGUAGGUCUUUUGAACGAACCUUCUACCUCUCAUUAGCUCCGACCGUCUCUGUUACUGUCAACUAGCUUAACGGCACUAUGUGGGUUUUCGGCUACGGCUCCCUCAUUUGGAAAGUUGAUUUUCCCUAUGAAGAGAAGAGAGUUGGCUACAUUAAAGGGUUCAGCCGGCGUUUUUGGCAGGGCAGCACCGACCACAGAGGAGUUCCUGGAAAGCCUGGCCGUGUCGUUACUCUGGUGGAAGAUCCUGAUGGCUGUGUUUGGGGUGUUGCCUACAAGCUGCCAAAAGGCCGAGAGCAGGAAGUGAAAAACUACCUCGACUACAGAGAAAAAGGCGGUUAUCAAGUCAUCACUGUCCCCUUCUAUCCACGUCCGUCGCCCACUUCUUCACCAAGUGAGACGCUGCUUUACAUCGGCUCUCAGGGUAAUCCCAACUACCUUGGCCCCGCCUCUUUGGAGGAGAUAGCCAAUCAGAUUAUCAACUCCACCGGCCCCAGCGGGAAAAACACAGAGUAUCUGUUUAAGCUAGCUGACGCUGUGAGGUCCAUCCUGCCCGAAGAUUCAGAUACACAUCUGUUUUGUCUUGAAUCGUUGGUGAGGGAAAGAUUGUUAAAUGUACAGAAUAAUCCGUCUACGCAUCAAGUCUCCAUUCCUGCUUCUUCCUAAUCGUUUCCCAGCGGUCUCCAGGUGAAACCAGGGAACGCCAAGAACAGAGAAGCCAAAACCAAAGGCUAACCACUUCACAUCAACUUAGCCCUGGAAAAAAAAUAUAAUAAAAUGUAGCAAUGUAAAGAGUAAGAUUUAGACAAAUUAUUUCCUAAAAGAUGAUGUUUUUGUAGGAUUUAAGAGGCUUUUCAGGGUUUUUUUCUGUUGCAGAAACUCUAUUGAUCUCUUUAUUGUCAAUGCAAACAUGUUGCUUUUUGCUAAAAGACUAAAGAUACGUGCUUUUAAAAGAAACGGUCUCCAAAUGAGAUUUUAUGGUUGUUUAGUAAAGUGGUGACUAAAUAUUUCCUGAGUGUACUCUUCUGCCUGACAACAGUCAGAACUGGGCAUCUUCAUGACCACAGGAUAUCUUUUUAAAGAAAACAAUAUUAAGCACAUUUUUUCUUUAUCCUCCAUUUUUAUCCAUUGUUAAACCCAAACAAUGAGUUGUAUGUCUUCUUUUUUGUCCGAACAGCACAUCAUGUUUACAAUAAAAGACCUGCAGGACGUUCUCAACAGCUGUACCUCUAAUUUGUGCGUCUGAAAGCUGUCUUUAGCUCUGUUAUAGAUUGUUACUUUGAAGAGCAACAACAUGUAAUUUGAAUAAACGGUGACAUCUCAA